AUGGCGGAGAGAAGGAUGGCAAGAAAGGCGUGUGCAGAGCCCGACUUCCUGCAGUUCAACGAUCUGGGCUGUGAGACGGUCGGAGGGAAGGUAAUUUUUGCCACAGACGAAUGGUUUGCCCCAGCGAGAAACCUGCUGAAGAGAGAGCCGCCACAGUUCAUCACAUCUGCCUUCACCGAGUUUGGAAAGUGGAUGGACGGAUGGGAGACGAGGAGGAAGAGAACACCUGGUCACGACUGGUGCAUUAUCCAGCUGGGAGUCCCAGGUUUGAUCCAUGGCUUUGAUGUCGACACGUCCUUCUUCACAGGAAACCACUCACCCUACAUCUCCAUCCAGGCCGGCUGUCUGGACCAGGAGUCUCCUUUCACCCUGGAAGGAGACCGAACUGGCAUGGCUGCCUCCGAUAGUCAGAUGGCAGCUGUUGCCAAGCUGCAGCCUGGAUACUCGGAUUGCUGCCAUAACUACUUCAAAGUCAGCUUCAGCAGGAGAGUGACACACCUGCGCCUCAACAUGCACCCAGAUGGAGGCAUAGCCAGACUGCGGGUGUACGGUGUUGGGCUGAGGGACUGGUCAUCUGUCUCCACUAAUCAGGAUGUUGACCUAGUGGCUCUGACCAAUGGAGGAGUCUGCCUCGGCUACAGUGACGCCCACUUUGGGCAUCCACGCAAUAUGAUUGGACUUGGUCGAGCUGCCAACAUGGCCGAUGGAUGGGAAACGGCCCGCAGACUGGACCGACCCAAAAAACUGCAGGCAGACCAGCGUGGGAUCCUGCAGGUUCCCGGCUGGGAGUGGGCGGUGUUUCGUCUCGGUCAUCCCGGACUGAUCAGCAGCGUUGAGGUCGACACCAACCACUUCAAAGGAAACUUCCCAGACUCAUGCAGGAUCGAGGCAUGCACUUUGACCCCUGAGGAGAAGGCUCAGUGUAUCAGCAGUAGGUGGAAUUCUGGGAAAUGGAGGGUCCUUCUCCCUCCUCAGAAGCUCCGCCCUCAUCACAUUCAUCACUACGGCAAGAUGGAGCUGAAACUGAGCCAUCCUGUCACCCACGUCCGACUUAUCAUCGCUCCGGACGGAGGAAUCAGCCGCCUCCGUCUGUGGGGUCGACCCAUACCAUUCACUGCAACUCUGGCCAGCUCAAGGUCAACUUUAAUCAUCUUCCACCUUCCAGCCAACACCCUGACCCCCACCUCCAAUGAUUCUCCAGGACAUUUGUCCUUUGAAUGAGUCUGAAAUGUCCAAUUAUGAUUGCGCCUCCUUCUUUCCCCGUCUGUUUGAGAUUUAAAGACAUUAACUGGAAACAUCUGGGCCUGACACACAGCUCCAGCUGUGGUAUGCUCCUACACACAGUGCUCACGAGCGGCAGCAGAACGGCACCGUCAGGAAGGGUCAGGGGUUGGGAGUUAGCUGCCUCAUCAAUAGCUGUGCUCAGUUGUUCUUACUCCCGCAGUUAAUUAUA